GAUCCCUCUCCAAUAAUUAUGUCUUGCAUUGGCUGUCCAAAUAAUGUCAUUUUCAUACAUGUCUGUAUCUUUGUAGUAAAAAUCAAAGUAUUUACAGUUGGUAAACAACCACCCACAUGGGCCAUUGAUUUUUUUCUUUUAUUUGUUGGUAGAGAGAUUCCAAAUAAAGGAGCUACAGAGAUAAAUGAGCUCUGUGUUUGUCCAAAGAUUUCUACAUGAAUUCAUGUAAUGUUCCUCUUCAAUUCAUUUACCAGACUACCAACCUCUGCCCAUGCAUUAAAAGUCUUCUUCUCCUUCUUGAAGAGCUUAAUUUGUCAAGACUGCAAGCAAUGCCAAAUAUAAACCAGCAUGAGAUCUAUCAGGAGUAGUAGAUAGGGUAAUAACUUUUGCUUGUGUUAUUUAUAAAUUUCCCCAAUGUUACCCUUCUUUUCCCAUGAAACCGAAUAACAAAAAGGGAGAAUAUGCCUUGGCAAGGAGCCAAGUACAGGAUGUUGUUUGGUGUAGGGUUUCCCUGAUGUCUAUUUCGGUGGUGCUAAAAGUGGAGUUUCAAUGCUCAAGCUUGUCGAAGGAGAAUCGGAAGGCCUUACCUCAUGUCAAAGCCUUAUGCUGCAAUAGUUGGAGGAGCUGUAGGAGUGGCGCUUGUUGCAGCAUUCAUCAUACUGUGGUUCUUCAAGUCACAUUGUAAGAACUUCUCAAAUAAGAACUCAGAGACAGGUUCUUCAGAUCCAUCUGCACUAGAGUGGAGUAGAGGAGGUAGAUCCAGUUCAGCGCCUAGCCGCUAUAUAUUUGGUUCACAAGGAGCUAGGCAGUUCACAAUGGAUGAGUUGGAGCAAGCUACCAAGCAAUUUAGUGACAGUAAUCUCAUUGGAUAUGGAAGUUUUGGUUCGGUAUAUAAAGGUUUGCUUCAUGAUAGUGUCGUAGCCAUCAAAAGGCGUCCAAAUGUUGCUCGAGACGACUUUGUGGCGGAGGUAAUCUAUUUGUCAGAAAUUCGACACCGUAAUUUAGUUUCCCUUCUAGGUUACUGCAAAGAAAGAGGAUCACAGAUGCUGGUCUUUGAAUAUGUACCCAAUGGCAGCAUGUGCAAUCACUUAUACGAUAGAGGGUUGGAAUCAUCAACUAAACUAGAAUUCAAGCAGAGGUUGUCCAUAGCUCUAGGGGCAGCUAAAGGUUUAUGCCAUUUGCAUAGCCUAAAUCCACCUUUGGUACACAAGAACUUCAGAAUGGCUAACGUCUUGGUUGAUGAGAACUUUAUUGUAAAGGUCGCAGAUGCAGGGAUCUCAAAACUUCUUGAAAAGAUAGAAGAAGCAGGUCCAUCUUUCACAUCUGGUGUAAACGUUUUCCAGGAUCCAGAGACAGAAGUAUCCGGGACCUUCACUGAAAUGAGCGAUGUUUACAGCUUCGGGGUGUUCCUUCUGGAGCUUUUAACUGGACAGGAAGCAGUGCAUCUUGGUUUCUCAGGAACUGAUGAAAGCUUAAUUCAAUGGGUGGCUUCUCGACUGAACUCAAACAGUUUUGUGGACCGUCGACUCAUGGGCAGUUUCACUAGAGAUGGAAUUAGGGACUUGAUCAGGCUGACACUGCGAUGCAUGAGUUUUCCAGGAACAGGGAGACCAAAGAUGGAAAUGGUUGUGGCUGAACUUGAAAGGAUACAUGACAGAGAGAUGGAACUAACAACUGUCAUGGGUGAGGGUACUGCUACAUUUCUUAAAGGAAGUGAGCUAUUUACUUAAAAAUGGAACCAGAAGUCACAAAAUGGUUGGUCUAUAUUAUGCCUGGGCCAAGCUUAGGCUUAAUAGCACCCAUUUUCUCAUUGAGCGAAGGGUAAGAUUGAUUUUUCGAUCAAAAGUACUAUGUAACAACAACAGCAUUGGAGGGGGAAUGAGAGAGUUCUUGAAUAAAUGUAAGCAAAGUGUAAGUAUGAAUUUGUGUAUCUAAUGAAGCAAAGUAAUAGCAUUUUAGAAGAA